GUGCACUGAGAAAACCACACCUGUGCAGUGAAAAACAAGUCUGUGUUCUGAUCUGCCUUCAGUUUCCUCUGCUUACCAACGCUUAUGGAACUAUCAACAGCUUAAACAAGCUUUACUUUCGGAUAAAUUCUGAUAUUUUUACAUCAGACAAACAUGAUCUCGUCAGAAACAGGAGAACGCAGCACUGGGGCUUUCCACAGUCUUGUCAGUUUAAGAAAUCCACACAAAAAGAGGGAAAAUAAAAGAACCUGCAAAUCAGAGUCAUUUCAUAGACCCAGAAUGUCCCUAAGCAUGGUGAAGUUUGUCCAGAUGCUUUUGUCUAAUUUCAUAUUUAAGUGUGUUAGAAGUGAACAGAAGUCUGUAAAUGCAGGUGGUUUGCGGAUUCCCAAGAAAGUGUGGGAAAACCUCACAAGACCAUCAGCCAAAGUGAUUCUGGAUCCAAACACUGCAGAUCCCACUCUCAAGCUGUCUGAGGAUGGGCGCUCUGUAAGAACAAAGACCCACAAAGAGUUUCAUUCCAGCCAGAGCAUCUAUGAAUAUCACAGAAAAAGUGCACAACAGUAUAAUGGUUGGAUGUGUGUCCAAGCUAAAGAGGGCUACAGCACAGACAGGCAUUACUGGGAAGUAGAUGUAAAAGGUAAAUGUGAUUGGAGUGUAGGAGUAGUGAAAGAGUCAGCUCCACAUUCUGGAUUUAUUAAUCUAAACACAGCAACAGGGUAUUGGACUCUGCGUCUGCAGUUAGGUUCUCUUAUAGCUCUGACUGAACCAAUCACCAAACUCAAUCAGGCACCACCUGCUAAGUUAGGUGUGCAUCUAGAUGUGGAAAAAGGUCAGGUUUCAUUCUAUGAUGCGAUGAGAAGGAAAAAUAUUUACACAUUUAACACAGAAUUCAGGAAUUGUGAGAAGAUUUACCCUGUGUUUGGAACUGUGGAGACAGAUAAACCCCUAAAGAUUAUCUAAACAUGACAUUUAAUUGGUCUUUAUGUUGAUUAAAAUAUAUAGAAUUAUAGAAACCAUUUCCAGUUUUUAAUUGAAUUUUUCCAGUAAUAUUCACAUUUCCAUGAUGCAGUGUAAUCCAUAUGGCCAUAGUAGAAAAAACUGGUGAUUUUAAACAUCUUUCUGAUCAGUUUCAUGUAGAAUUAAGCAAAGAAAGAAAAUGCACAAAUACAAUUUUUAUUUUUCUACAUUUAUGUCUAAUCAUAAAUAUUUCAGAUGAUUGGUGUAAGUUUUUAGUAAUAUUGUAUAAGUUUUUCUAUACUAACACAAGGAAACUGCUAUUUGUAAAUUAUUUUCAUUUUUUUAUAUCUUUGUUUGUCUUUGUAGAUGUAAAAGGUAAAUGUGAUUGGAGAGUAGGAGUAGUGAAAGAGUCAGCUCCACGUUCUGGCUUUAUUAAUCUAAACACAGCACCAUGUAUGUGCUGUAUGUUUCAAAUAAGUCUUUUUGAACUGAUUUCUGUUUCAUUAAAUUCUGUACUUGUGUGAUGAAGUUAUUUUCAGGGCUAUACUUUGUCUUUAUCUAGCAUUUAAUAAAAUUGAUCAAACUUUUAAUGCACUUAACCCUAAAACAUGCACAACUUUAAUACAUUAUGUAUUGAAUGUCUCUUUAUGCCAAUAUAUUGUCUAACUUUUAUUUUGUAUGAAUGAACACUCAAAAAUUGCCCUUUUGUGUAAAUUCUAUAUAUUCAUUUUUUCUGCAUGUAUGUUUUAUUAUUUCAGAUGAUUUAUGAAAUGUAAAAAUAAUGCAUUGAAUACAUAUAAUGUGUAAGUUUUUUCUAUAUUAACACAAAGAAACUUUGUAAAUUAUUUUCAUUUUUUAUAUCUUUAGUACAUGGUUUAGAAGGCAUUUGGUUUGUAUGGUAUAGCAACACCCUACAGGGAGUUACUGUGUAAUCAAGUGCUUCCUCUGUUUUCCCUCAGACGUCUGACACCCAGGGGCUCUUUCAUGACCUUCAACUGACAUUUCAAUGAAUUUCCGCAUACAGAGCAGAUAUGUAUCCAUUAAAACAUUUAAUGGUGAAGACAUUUUGUAAGACAAAAUUCUGGAUGUUGAAAUGCACUUUAAAUCUUGAGUUGUAUCUAAUGUCCAUCAUUGAUACUGUAUCUAAUGUCCAUAAUUGAUAAUAAAGCAGCCUCAUGUUUUGGAGGCAAAACCA